AGCUGGAAUUCGCUCGGAGACCAUAUCUGUGCCACAAGAAAUAAAAGCAUUGCAACUGUGGAAUGAGAUAGAAUCAAGACAUCCUGGAUUGGCUGAUGUCAAAAAUCAAGUGAUAUUUGCUGUUCGUCAAGAAUAUGUCGAACUUGGAGAUCAACUCCUCUUGCUUCGAUCAGGAGACGAAAUUGCCAUUAUCCCCCCAAUUAGUGGAGGAUAGUAGUGCUUUUGAGCCACUUGGCAAAAUUACAAAUGAAGUUGAAGAGAAAUCUAAAGAUAUAAUAAAAUUCACUGCUGAGAAACUUUCAGUAGACGAAGUCUCACAGCUGGUGAUUUCUCCACUCUGUGGUGCCAUAUCCCUGUUUGUAGGGACGACAAGAAAUAACUUUGAAGGGAAAAAAGUCCUUAGCCUCGAAUAUGAAGCAUAUCUACCGAUGGCUGAAAAUGAAGUCAGAAAAAUUUGUAGUGACAUGAGGCAGAAAUGGCCGAUCAAACACAUAGCAGUGUUCCACAGACUGGGUUUAGUUCCAGUGUCAGAAGCAAGUAUAAUCAUUGCUGUGUCCUCUGCACAUAGAGCUGCCUCCCUCGAAGCUGUGAGCUAUGCCAUAGAUACUUUAAAGGCCAAGGUGCCCAUAUGGAAAAAGGAAAUGUAUGAAGAAUCAUCAUCAUCUUGGAAAAGAAACAAAGAAUGCUUUUGGGCAACCAAUGAUUGAAUCACUCACAUUUUCUAAUCCUGACAUUUUAAUCUCAUAAACUUUUAUUUUUGAUCUUAUUUUGAUUUUUCUCCCCCUCCCUAUUUAAGAUGGUUUAAUGAAGCACAAUCUCUUAUGUUGUACUCAUAGUAUAAAUAGAAAAGAAAGCAAAGUAAGUGGGUGUUUAGCCAAAAGGCUCACACAGGAACCAGAGUUGGAGGAAAGGCCUGAGGGAAGGACAUGAAGAAUAAUUUAAAUAUAAGGAAGGAAGCCUGUGAUAGACUUACUAUUCCAUGAUUAAGUUCUGAUUGCAAUUUGACUCACAGUGAAGUGAAGCUUGCUCCUCAUCAACUUUGUCUCAAAGGGAGCCUGCAGCCCCUUCCCCUUCCUCGUGAUCCAGCGAUGUGAUUGCUAUCAAGGACACAUUAUGGGUAUGUUGGCAAAAUUGGAAGGUACAAAGUCAUUAUCAGAUAGUCUUGAUAUAUUUUUAGAAUUUAUAUAUUUAAGAAAUUGAAUACACAAGUUUAAAAUCAGUGUUUUCCUAUUUUAAA